AUUUUGGAACAAUUCGAAAAGUCAACCAUAUGCGGUCUAAUGGACAAAUUCGAGAAACCACAAUCGUAUCUUAGUUGGACAACCGCUCAGGUCAUAUCUUGGCUUUCCGGUACUUAAACAAACUUUGAAUAAACUUGUUUAAGGGUUGGACGAUGCUGUCGAGCCGUAUCUGUCUGCAUUCAGUGCGAAGAAUAUAAGUGGAAAGUGGCUUAGCUCCCUGACUGCUGAUGUUUUGGACAAGUAUGGAGUUCACAAGAUUGGCCAUCAGAUGAUCAUAUUGGAGAAAGUAAAGCAACUACAAUACCAAUUUUCAUCUUUUGAUAACGAAACACUUCAGUCAGUUUUAUUGCGCGUAUCACGUUCGUGUACAUGCAUUGUUACUGCAAUAAAUUCUCUCAUGGCUAUAACUAAGAGACAAGAUGCUGAUAGUCCUUAUCCGGGGAUACUUUCAGAUAUUCAGGGAGCUGUUUCUUACAUUCUCAGUUGUAUACUGAACCUAAUGUCCUCGAUCGGUAAUGCUGCGUCCUGGCUAGAGCGGUUAGUAUGUAACACAGUAAAUAUUUUCAGCUAGACCCCCUUUUUCUCUUCUUCCCGAAAUGGUUGUAUUCCGACAAUUUCUUGUUGAGAAUGCUAUAAUUACCAAUAGGUUAUCUCAGCAGGCUAUAAGUACUCAAUGCAAUGAACAUUUUAAGGAGAUAAUCGAUUAUGUAUGUCGGAAAACUCAUUAUCAUAAUUUAAGAUUGAACCAAUGAGGAUCCGUGUCGAAGAUGUUCUGCAAAACUGCAGUGAUUCCAUCUUGCUAACUCCAUGUGGCAUCGAAAUGGUACAAAUAAGAAAACUUGACUCCGCUGAUUUUGUAAGCUUCCUUUUGAAAUUCCUUAAUACUUUAUAUCCUGAUUGCAAUAUGCUACAUUAUUUUGCUUAGGUCAGCGUGUAAUAACGUUUGUUUGUGCAUCUCUGGAUAUCAGUUGUAUUGUUUUCCUCUUAUAUACUUGAGUACUGGUUUACCUGAGUUAAGUUUCAACUAUACUUAACUGAUAUGCUACUGAUGUUCUUACGGAGAUUGAAGUCCGUCUCAUGCUGGAAAUUUCUCUCACAGUCCGUUAGGGGUUUAAUUUUCGGUCCACGAUAAACAAUAUUCACGUAAUUGUUUCUGUUCAGGAUGAAUCCCCAGCAUUUAGUACCGGAAAAGUUACCAAAGGAGAUGAAGUAAUCGAAGUAAAUGAACAAAUAGUUAUUGGUUGGCUUCACUAUCGCGUCGCUGAUUUAAUGCGGCAUUCUUCACAGCACAUCAGUUUGCGAUUGCGAAAGCGACCCUCUCAUUCCAACGAUUUUAUUGGCUUUCCAGGAGCUGGGCGGCGUCAUCGCUUAAUAGUCAACCAGAUACCACCUGCUGGGAGCCUAUCCCAGACGCGAGGUGCGUAUAUAUUUACCAGAAAUCCAAAACGUCGUCUGCCUCUUACAGGCCCACUUUCUACAGAACCUUUGUCUGUUACUCAAGAAACCACCUCCGAUCAAACAUCUGUCUCCUCACCUACAUCAACAUCUCCACCUGAAUCUCAAUCCAUAGUUAGUGUGUCUGGGUUGCUUUCCUCUUCUCCGACGUCUUCUUUAUCUGUGCAUCAGGGUACAUCAAUAAAAAUAAAUGAUGAUCCUUGCAAUCUAGAAAAUCGUGCUCAUAUAUCUUUUAGACCGAAUUCCAGCAAUGAAUCCAUAAUUUACAAUAACUCGAGGCUUAUUGCUAGUACACCAAAUACUCCAUUAAUGACUUUACGAUCAAUGGACUCGGUGUGUUCUCAUUCUUCGCUAUCUUUUCCACCCCACCUUCCACCUGCGCAUCCUGGUACUACAACGUUUGACAACGUAAUAAACGAUACUAGUGUGGUCACAUCUGAUACAACAUACUCCAAAAAAUACAAGUCUGUCAAUACUUCUCAUCAUAUUCGCUCAACUUCUUGUUCUUCAAACAAAUCUGUUUUCCCUCGUUUUUCCCUAACACAUCGACGCACAGCUUCUGGUGACCCAAAACUGAUGAAUAGUAUAUCUAGUGGCGAUGGGGAAGAUACGUUAUUUCAGAAAAAACCGAGUCCUUCGUCGCUUCGUCACUGUAGUAGUUCAUCUCCUAAGUUUCAUGCUCUGGAUAAACGCUAUAGAAACCUUCAUCGUUCUAGUCUUGAUGAUUUCAUGCUUUUUUUAAAACAUGGAUUUGGAUCAAGAAAACCAACUCGUCGUAUAUCCUGCAAGGAUCUUGGACAGGGAGAUUGUCAAGGUUGGCUUUGGUUGAAGAAAACCAACCCACUUACCAGUAAAUAUGUGAAGCGAUGGUGUGUUUACAAAAACUCAACGUUCUAUUAUUACAGAAAUCCUGAAGAUGAUUCAGCUGAAGGUUUAAUUCUGUUGCAUGGUUUCACAAUCACUCCUGCAGUCUCAGCGAAAUCGGGAAAAUUUGCAUUCUCAAUUUUCAAUGAUUGGGUUCGCUUUGUGUUCGCUUCUGAUUCUGAAAUCGACCGAUCAAAAUGGAUGAAUAAGUUAGGCCUAGCUUCAAUCGGUUUGUCAUCUACCAUACCAAAUUCUCGUAUUGGAGGUUUCAAUCCUGGUUAUGUGGUUUUAUGUGACUCGAAAAAUAACGAAGUAAAGGCUGAAAUUCCGCAUCUACAUUCAUGCACCGUCUUAUCAGAUUCACCCACUAAAAAGUUCCAAGGCGACAACACAUCUGGACUUCGAUCUCAGACCUUAUCAACUUCCAAAACUACAGAUUUCGCAGAAAACUCCUUAACAGUGGUGACUUCCCAGCCUGUGUCAACCCCUCCAAGGCAUGCAGCACUACAUUCAGUUUCAUCACCAUCAUUUUCUACGUUUGAUUUGCGUUCGAAUUCUUUACCAUCUGAACCCCGUGCUGUCCGCUCUAUAAUUUUUCCUCGGAAUAGUGCUCUAUCACCCUCAGCUGGACAUUCAUCAUCUCCUGCUCACACUAGAAUUAGGCAUCGUCAACCACUUGAAAUCCCUUCAGUAGCAUUCAGAUGCUAUAGUGAGAGUGAAGAUGAAAUAGACGAGGAUGUUGAAGCCGAAUGUGAUGUGGAUGAAAACUGUAUCUCUGAGGGAGGCGCACAACUAAAUCUUCGAAACCGACCAGGAUCUGCAUCCCCAUCACAUGAACGAAGAUAUGUUAUUUUAAACAGUACAGAAGGAAAUGAAUGUUUACAAGAAUAUAAAAAGCUGAUUUCAUGUAAAAGUGAACUACAUGUGUCCGAUGUACAUGCUUCAAUGCCUUUAUCACGUCCAUUAAGAGCUGCGCAUAUCAUUACGAAAAAUCUCCAUUGUUCUGAUAAACUUUCAGGUGUCGAAAAGAUUGUUGGCGUAAGAAACAACGAAUCAGUCCCCGAAUGCAGCAGUAGGCGUUUUAAUAACUGACACUGAAAAGCUCAUUUUUAAGUUACCAUAAUCAUCUUUGACCAUUCGCUGUUGAAUUUAAUUAAUUUUGUCACUUAUUUUUUGAGAUUACUUGAUUUUCAUUCUGACUUUAUCUUUUGUGAAAUAUCUCAUGUUAUGUAGUUAUC